UCCCUCCAACCCUCCUCCCCCCAACCCCUCCCGGAGUCCCCGGGUCGUCCCCGUAGCACCUUACUGCUUGGUCUGAAGAGGCUGUCUGUGCUGCUGGUCGACUGCAGGAAAACACCGGAGCUAAGGGACAGUCCUAACCGUCACUCUCUCAGUAGAAGGGGCUUGUCAUCUUGGGAGGCUAAACAUCAUGAUGCUGAGGCAGAGAAAAGUCUCUCCAGAUCAGAACACCUCAAGAAGCAACAGCUGAGACCCACAAGGAAGAAAUCUCACUGCUGCUCUGACUGUGGGAGGAGUUACACCUCUAAAGUAAACCUUAGAGGACACCAGAGAAUUCAUACUGGAGAGAAACCUCACUGCUGCUCCCAGUGUGGCGCUAGCCUCUCCACUGCCAGUGCACUGGAAGGACACAUGCGGAUUCACACUGGAGAAAAACCGUACCAGUGCUCAGAAUGUGGGCAGAGAUUUAAAGACUCCAGUGGUUUAAGGAUACAUGAGAGAAUAAAACACACCGGCGAAAAACCCCACUGCUGCUCUGACUGCGGGAAGAGAUUUGCUACAUCACAAAACUUAAAAGCUCACCAGCGGAUUCACACUGGAGAGAGACCGUUCCACUGCUCUGAGUGUGGGAAGAGUUUCAAACGAGCUUCAGCACUGUCUGAACACAAACGAAUACACACAGGAGAAAAGCCUCACCACUGUGAGCAGUGCGGGGGAAGCUAUUCCUCUGCUAAAUUACUCAGAAUACAUCAGAGGAUUCACACAGGGGAGAAACCUUACCAUUGUGCUGACUGUGGGAAAAGCUUCAGACUGUUGUGUAUUUUAAGACGUCACCAGCUAAGACAUACUGGAGAGAAGCCCCACCAAUGUACUGAGUGUGGGAAGAGGUUUGCUGUUAAGAGUGGGCUCUGGUUACAUAACAAAGUGCACACUGGAGAGAAAGGCUACCAAUGCCCACAGUGUGGCAAGAAGCUAGGAUCAUCUCAUUCUCUAGAGCAGCAUAAGCGAACACACACUGGACAGAAACCCUUCCACUGCUCCCACUGUAAAUUGAGCUUUGCCACUAAUUCAGCCCUGUACAAACACCAGAGAAUUCACACAGGUGAGAAACCACACAGCUGCAAUGUUUGCCAAAGGAGAUUUGGACGGUCCGAUCACCUGAAAAUUCACAUGCAAAUUCACACAGGAGCAAAGCCAUACCACUGCUCUAAGUGCGAGCUGAGUUUCACUAACAACAGAUCUCUGAAAGAACAUGAGGUCAGACACACAGAAGAUAAACCUCACUGCUGCUCCCAGUGCGGUGCUAGUCUCUCCUCUGCCAGGGCACUGGAAGGACACAUGCGGAUUCACACUGGAGAGAAACCGUACCAGUGCUCUGAAUGUGGGCAGAAGUUUGCACACAGAACCAGUCUUGGGACACACAGAAGAAUACACACAGGAGAGAAACCUUAUCACUGCUCUGACUGCAAGAAGACCUUUCCAAGACUUGGCUCUUUAAAGGAACACAAGUUCACACAUUCAGAGAAGAUGUACCACUGCUCUCAGUGUGAGUCGAGCAGCACAUCGCCAGGCGCAUUAAAGAAACACCAGCUUAUACACAGUGUAGAGAAGCCUUACCACUGCUCCCACUGUGACAAGAGCUUCCUUCGGCAACCAUCUCUCAAACAACACGAGCGUUGUCACAAGGGAGAGAAACCGUACUCUUGUUCAGACUGCGAGAACAACUUUGCCACAAUGGCAACCUUGCGAAUUCACCAGCGAAGACACACAGGAGAGAGGCCAUACCAAUGCCCUUUCCCUGACUGUGGGAAGAGUUUUGCCCAGGCCUGUGCUUUUAAAGUCCACAAGAGAAGGCACACAGGAGAGAAGCCGCACCACUGUGAUCAGUGUGGGAUGAGUUUUGUCACGUCAGGUGACUUGCAAUCUCACCAGCAAACUCACUCCAAAAAGAAGCCAUACUGCUGCACAGAGUGUGGACUCAGUUUUUAUAGAUCUGAUUCCUUAAAGAUUCACCAGAGAGUCCACACAGGAGAGAGGCCGUACAGCUGCUCAGAGUGUGACGAGUUACACUUUGAAAGGGCACCUUACUAGACACAAGCUGACACACACAGGAGAGAAACCUCACCCCUGCUCUGACUGUGGGAAGAGUUUUAUUCUCUCAGGCACCUUAAAAACACACCAGUUAACACACACAGGAGAGAAGCCUUACCACUGUUUUGAUUGUAAGAAGAGUUUUACCACUAAGGGUCAACUGACUGGACACCAGCAGAGACACACAGGAGAGAAACCUCACUACUGCUCCGAGUGCGGCAAGAGCUUCAAGUGU